CUUAGGUAAUUUAAGGUUGUCUUUAUGGAGAAGCAGAGGAGCUCUCAAGAACCACAAUUUCGCCUCCGCCUACACCUAUUCCAGUUCCUCCACUGGCCAUGCAAAUUCGAUGCGACAUGUGCAUCCUGAACCACGUGCUUCAUAUCAGUGUGUAAGUGGUGAGUGACAUUAAAGGUUGUGCCAGUACAAAAAUGACAAAUUUUUUGGAAAGUGCCGCACGCGCGCUCCUUGUAACAGCCAGGCGCUCCCUGAGGAGGCGCGCCCCUACAGGUUGGAAACCGCUGGUUCGGAUUUCCACCUGGCCAGUCAUCAGAAUGAGCAACUUUACCGGUUAUAACCAGCGUAGCUUCCCAAACCGAGGAGGUCAUCACUCCUACGGAUAUAGUGACGAAUGUGAGGAAAGACCUCAAUAUCAGGAAAAAACACGCCGUGGAAGCGGUUUUCAAAACAGUAGGGGACGAGGAAGACCUAGUCCAUCACAAAGUAAACGAGUCGAUAUGGACGAGUACAACCGAUUAGCCGAAAAGCAGGUAUUACAAUCAAAAAUGUUGUCAGUGACCAGCAGAGGUAUUGGAGUCGGCACGACGCACCUCACCUAUGUAGCAAAACAAUACGAUGAGAAUAUCCGUGUUCCCAAUAUCUACGCUCAGUUCAGAGCAUAUCUUGCUCUAUUUGAAGCAAAAUUAAUGAAUGUUGUUGAGCAUUUUCCUAUUGUGCCAAGAUUUGCAGAUCAUAUUAAUACACAUAGAGGCCUCAAUGCAGAAUUUCUUAGAACAAUUAUCCGAUCGUUUAGCUUUGUUCCAACACCUAUUAAACGAAUUAUAGAUGCUAUAGGUAUUUUAAAGCAUGAGGAUAAAAUUUAUUUGCCUGUUAUGGCUGCAUCUCCAACAACAGAGCAGGGCGUCAUAAGACCUAGGCCCGAAUCAACUUGUUUUUCAAACCUUCGCGACACUGUUGUCGCCUUAUCUGACCCACAGACUAGCCUAAACGUCAGGACAUGUUACCAUGAGAAUUGCGCUAUUCCUGGUGCUAUAUGGGCAAACAAUUUAUUAAUGAAUGCUGAUGAGAUAAUUCCAGCUGAUUAUAAUUUUGAAGAAGGUUUGCGUAAUGAUAUAAUGUUAAUUUUACCUUACUUGAAUAGAUUAAAGAAGCACGCUCCUAAAUUGGUGGGAGGUCCACUUGAUGCGAAAAUGGUUGGACGGAAUUCUUUGCUAUUGUCCAAUGAAAUGGAAAAUUUAAAAUGCCCAGAUAGAAAUGCAGGCGAGGAUUUGGAUGCAUAUUAUAAUAGGUGCAUCAUUGAAGGGAACAUAACGAAAUAUACUUCCGACUGUAAAUUAACAGCCGCAGAAAAGAUAGAUGGGCAGAUUAAUCUACUUGGUGAGCAACCAACUCUGCAAGAUCUCAUCAAGCCAAUUUAUAUUCUUCGUGACAGCGAUGCUCACGCCUAUUAUCUUCCAGCUGAUUUUAAAUCAGUCUGUCAAAUUGAUUAUGCAUAAAAAAAUUGUUUUUUGAUACAUUGAGUUUAUCUGAUGCAUUUUUCAUUUUAUUAUUUAAUAAAGUUACCAUGGCCCAGAUAAAAUUUUUUCUGAAAUUAUUGUGGCAAUUAACGUGUUAAAAAUCAUAUUUGACACGAAUUCGUUUUUUUUUGUUUUUGCUCGAAAAUAGUAUUUGUGUAACAGCUGCAUGCAACAGCCUUGCGCUCCUUAAGCGCCCCAUAGGUUGGAAAUCACUGAUACAUGGACUGAUUAUAUUGAAACGAAAUCUUAUUAAUAACGUAUAUUAUUGUAAAUUUUAAAUUUAUUUACCAGUAGAACCAUAAUACUUU